CAGUGUCUGUUUGGGUAUAAUCUGGCAGACUCCGCCCCGGCAGCACCUCCAGCUGAUGGUCUGCCUGUGAGCUGCUGAAUGUUUGGAAUUGUUGUGAUGGGAGGCCGCAGCCAUCUUGGAUGAGCGCCGCUCCGCACCGAGCACCAACGGUCGACGGUUACCGAGGAGCAACCAGUUAGCUAACGUUAGCUGCUGCUGGGAGAGAUUAACCUCGCCUCUUAUUACGACUAUGCUUUAUUUGCGCCGUGUUAUGUAGUCGACGCAUUGUGUGCGCAAAAAUGGGCAUAAGUAGUUUUAAACGUUUUGCGGCUAUAAUUUAAAAAAGGGAAAGGCGUUGCUGAACCUCGGUAUAUUUUUACAUUUCUGGAUAGAGGAGUUACUAUGAAUGGAGGAUAAAUGUUGCCGAAGGCUGACAGCAGCAGUUUCGUCCUCCUCUUCUCUCUUCUCUUCGUUCUCACACUAACGGACCCACCACGGACAGGUCCACGACUAGCUCUGGCAAGAUUAUUGUCAGAGCAGCGCUGCAACACUGGGCAGUUCGCCUGCCGCAGUGGGAAGAUGCAGUGUAUCCCCAUUUCCUGGCAGUGUGACGGCUGGACAGCAUGCGAGGACAAAAGCGACGAGAUGGACUGUCCCCUUAUAAAGGCGGAGAGGUUUCGCUUUGAGAACGGAUACGACAACGUAGAAGAUGUCAUCGGCGUGGCUCAGCCCGUUCGCUUCAACAAGAAGUGUCCCAACGGCUGGCAUCACUACGAGAAGACGGCCAGCUGCUACAAAGUCUACCUGAAGAACGAGAACUACUGGAAGGCCGUGGAUACGUGCCAGAAGGUUAACGGCUCCUUGGCUACGUUCGUGACCAGCGAGGAGCUCCAGUUCAUACUGGAGAUCGAGCUGGACUUUGACGACAAAGUGUGUGAGCGCAAAGAACAGUGCACGUUUUGGGUGGGCUAUCAGUAUGUGAUCACCAAUCGAAGUCACACCUUGGAGGGCCGUUGGGAAGUGGCCUCCAAAGGGUCCAUGCAGGUGAUUUGGCCGCCUGAGGGCCUGGAGAAGUUUGGGGAGACCUCUCCCUCUCAGGACAACGUCUUCUGCGCCCAGCUGCAACGCUUCCAGAGCAAGAGCAUGAAUGAACACGGCCUGCACAGCUGGGACGCCGAGAACUGCUACAAGAAGUUCCCGUUCCUCUGCAAGAGGAGGCAAACAUGUGUGGAUAUAAAAGACAAUGUAGUAAAUGAGGGCUACUACUUCACCCCGAAGGGGGACGACCCGUGUCUGAGCUGCACGUGUCAUGACGGCGAGCCGGAGAUGUGUGUGGCGGCGCUGUGUGAGCGGCCGCAGGGCUGCACUCGCUUUCAGAAGGAUCCCAAAGAGUGCUGCAAGUUCACCUGCCUGGAUCCCGAUGGAAGCACUCUGUUUGAUUCGAUGGCCAGUGGGAUGAGGCUGAUCGUCAGCUGCAUCUCGUCCUUCCUCAUCCUGUCGCUGCUGCUCUUCAUGGUGCACAGACUUCGUCAGAGAAGACGCGAACGCAUCGAGACUCUGAUCGGAGGCAACUUGCACCACUUCAACCUUGGAAGACGAGUGCCUGGCUUCGACUACGGCCCAGAUGCCUUCGGUACCGGUCUCACUCCUCUGCACCUGUCUGAUGAUGGCGAAGGCGGGGCUUUUCAUUUCCAGGAGCCGCCUCCGCCGUACGCCGCCUACAAAUACGCCGACAUCCAGCACCCAGACGACCCCCCUCCUCCGUACGAAGCCUCCAUCAACCCAGACACUUUCCUCUACGUGGACUUCGGACACAGCGGGGUCUCCAUGGUGCCGAGCCAGAUGAACACUCUGGGCGACGGACUCGAGGUCGAACUUCCCAACUCCCCCGCUCCAGCGCCCGUUUGUGUGCCGUCGUCUCAAGAGAGGGAGGACUCCAUAGAUAGCAGCACCCUCCUGGUGGGCCCCGACACGCCAACAGAUGGCCACGCCCCCGCCCCUCUGCCCGCAGACUGCACGUCCUCCCUCAGCACUGUGGUAUAGGAGCGAAGGACGGAGCCGAGCCCGGAUCUCACUAGUCAGAACUGCAGGCUGUUGAUGUCGGCCGCCGGGAGGAGACUCGUGUUUUGUACAGACGUAUAAGGAGGAGCGGCGACUGAUUUCUUACAGCGGGGUUUUUCCUUGUGAAGACGAAGUGUUCGGUUUUGUUUGCUUUUUGAAGACACUGGCAUCCGAGGGAGCAGCAAGGACUGAUUCUGUACAAAUAAAAACAAACGCAUCCCAAUAAUUUGACAUGGCUGUGCUCUUUGUUUUGUUGCUGAGAAGCAGCCUAAUUGGGUGAAACCCCGACUGCUGUAAAUGCUCCCUGAGGUUCAGACUUUAUACCUGUGUUUCAGUCCCGCACAGCGUCGAACUACCAACCCAGCUUUCGUUGCUUGUACGCUUUUUGUUGCGUCACACUUUGAAGCGGCAGCGUCUUUACCGAUCUCCAAGCUACUAUAACGUCCACACCGUCUGCUGCAGCAUGACCCAGAGCUGAUGAAAACCUUCAUUUUUACAAUCCGAUCUAAGCAGCCGUCUUCCAGAUUUAUAGCACAGAUUUGCAGAAGCAGAUGUUUUAUAGCUCAGAAGGUGUUUGGUAGUCUAUUAUCGUUGGGUUUUUAUCGGGUUAUGCUGACAAAAAAAAGCUUUAGAUGUCAGAAGACUGUGGUGAUGCUGGUUAUUAUCAGUUUGGUGUUGCAUUUAUUAAUUUAUGACUGCAGGCUGUAAUUUUGGUUGCUUGUUGGAGACGUUUAAGCUGAUUGUGAUUAAUGAUGUGACAAAGACCUGGUUACUGUAAGGGCAAAGAUUAGAGUUGAAGGUCUUUCAUAAAAGGAAAAAAAAAAAAGAUUUAAAAUAUUUCUCCAAUUGUGAAUUUAAGUCAUGCUAACAUUCAAAUUCUGUAUUAUUUGUGGUUGGGCCGUUGUGUACAGUCUUCACGCUUUGAUUUGUGAGGUAAGCUCAUCGACUGUGGCUUCCUGUCCAUCCCAGAAUGUGCCAACCAGGCGUGGGCUGGCGCAACGUUUUCUUCGCAACAUAAUUUUAGUUAAAAAAAAAAAAAAAAAAUGUAUAUCAAGAUCUUUACAUGCAACUGUGAAACAAAAAGGCAGCAUAUAGUAAUCUUAUUGGUUUAAUUAAAAGUAUACCUUGGUGUUGCUAAAACAAUCUGAGAUAUUGGUUAUUACAGGUUUAAUAAUUCAACUGGCUUUAUUCUAAAAUAUAAAACCGAGAAUGAACACAAACUACAUAGUAGCAGCUUUCAACCAAACAUGGCGAUUGUUCACAAUGUUCCUGUUUAACCAUGUAAUUCUGGAUGGGUAUGGAAAAUUCUUCGUAUAAUCCAAGGACAAAUGAAUGAAAUAAUCCAAGGAAAAAUAAAUACUUUUUGGCUUCUGGA